CUUUGAAAGCUAUAUAAACUUUCUUGGAACGUUUUUAAAGAAUGGGUGAUCAUAAUAUCUCCAGUUUCUCCAACUUAACGGAGAAACAGUACUUGGAAGUCCGGAUGGGACCUCAGCAAAUAUCUUCGGUCAUCAUUAUACCUAUUACCAUUGUUUACGUCUUGAUAUUUGUGAGUGGAAUCAUUGGGAACAUUGUAGUAUGUCUCGCUAUAACCAGAAAUUCUCAUUUUCAAACUCCAACCAACUACUAUUUGUUCUCACUCGCCAUUUCUGACCUACUUAUAUUAAUUUUCGGACUUCCAAACGACCUGAAACUCUACUGGCAACAAUAUCCUUGGAUGUUUGGCGAGACAGUUUGUAAGUUGCGCGCUCUGGUGGCAGAAAUGACUAGUUAUGCUUCAGUGCUGACGAUAGUGGCCUUCAGUACGGAACGGUAUAUAGCUAUCUGUUACCCCUUGUUUAUUCAGACAGUGUCAUCGUUAUCUAGGUGUAUAAAAAUCAUUACGCUUGUGUGGAUAAUAGCGUGCAUUAGUGCCAUCCCAUUUGCCAUCUUUACUAAAGUGAAUUAUGUGGAAUAUCCAAUAGGAUCAGGAAACCUUCUCACGGAAUCGGCCUUCUGUUCUCUCCCCAUGGAGAAUCACGAUAUAAGUCUACCAUUACUACAAUUUGCCACGUUUGCUUUUUUCUGCUUACCCAUGACGUUAAUUAUUAUCCUUUAUGUCAAAAUUGGUCUAACCUUACGCCAUUCAUCACGUGUGACUUCUGAUGGCUCGACGAUUAGUUCGCCAUCUCUCGGAAGUAACAGACAAUGUCAAGUUCGCCGAUCAAUCAACAAGAUGCUAGUUGCUGUUGUCAUCGCUUUCUUCCUUUGUUGGGCACCUUUCCACGCACAGCGCCUUCUGGUGGUAUAUGUGCAUCCUCGACAGUGGACUAUGAAUUUAAGAACACUUAAUGAAGUAUUGUAUUAUCUUGCAGGUUGUCUGUAUUACUUCAGUGCAACCAUCAACCCGAUCCUUUAUUCACUAAUGUCAACCAAGUAUAGAGAAGCCUUUCGAAGGACGCUAUGUUUAUUUUCACAGCCCAAACACCAACGCAGCAGCACACAACAGCGGGGACAUACUGAACCUUGCCACAAAUCAAUGUGUCUGAAUCAAGAUUCGUUUUGUUCAAAAAGAAACAAUCAGAUUGGUUCUGAAUGUAGCAGUUCCGUUCCGCUGGAGCAUCUGGACAUCACGGAAAUCAAGCGAUUGCCCAACGAAGAAUCUUCAUCUCGGACAGAUAGGAAUCUAAAAUGGACUAAAAUUACCGACGAGAGAAAGAAUCAGUUUCAUCCAGAGAUUCCUUCAGAGAACGUGUUUUCAUCAAAAUUUCCAAAAGCAAGUUCCUUUCUUAAUCAUUACAAACCAAAGAAUAGAGAGAAGAAGAAAGAACUUUCCUCGAAGAACGGACAAAUUGAACUAUGAUGAAAUUCCUUACUCAGGAGCAAAUAAAUCAAGAGAUUCUCGCAAAAAUAAUAUACAUUAAGGUGUUAUUUGUUGAGGUGUGCGUGAAAGACCUCAUUGUUGAGGUAUUGGUAUAAUGUGAAACGAGAUAUAUAGACAUGAGUAUAUUAUGUUAGUAAAUCAAAAACCUUUAACAAGCUUCAAUUUAAUAUAUCGUUUGUUUUGAUCAAUAUAAAACUAUUUUGCUCUGUGGACUCAUUAUAUAUGGAUGUAUACAAAGGAAUAUUGUGCUGUAAUUAGAUAAUACCCACUCAUUUUCUUUUAUUUUUAACUUUUAAUUAAGUAUAAUUAUGAUGUUUAGUAAGAGCAUUGCUACUCUAUCAAUCACAGUGUCUUCCCCCAUUCUGUGGGUCGAUGACUAUGGUUUCCCCAUUGUUCUCUAUACCUCGCUGCCUGUACCAACUUUCCUGUUUGAAGCAUCUCAUUGAUAAUCCAUCUUCUAAUGUGACCGAUCCAAGUGAAUCGCGUUCGUCUUCCUUCCAGUUCACACUUCAGAACCUCUGUCAAUUCAACCUUUCCCCAGAUAUAAUUAUAUUGUCAAAAAUAGUGGAUCUUCCAUUUCCUAUAUAUACCCAGCAAUUAUAUUUAGUCUUUGUAGCAUUGCUCCUAAAUAACUGUUAAAUGAGAUAGUUUGCUAACAUUUGGCAUGCAACUUGUAUUGUAAACAGUUUGGCAUGUAAUUCGAAUUUUAAAAGGUUUAGCAUGUUACCUAUACAUUAAACAGUUUGGCAUGUAAUCUGAACUUCAAAAGGUUUAGCAUGUUACCUAUACCUUAAACAGUUUGGCAUGUAACCUGUGCUUUAAACAGUUUGACAUAUAACUUGUACUUUAACUGGCGUGUAACCUGUAUUUUAAACAGUCUGUCAUGUAAUCUAUACCUUAAAGAGUUUGAUAUGUUCUCUUUAAUUGACAUGUAACCUUAAUUUAAGGAGUUUA